UCAUUGUACCCUUUCUUAUCCGGUUUAUAAAGACAUCGCCACUUCCUUUAGACCUAAAUACUCCAAGUCUUACGGACAUUCCAGUUUAAAGAAGAAAAAACUUAAAAGACGAAUAUCAUUUGAGUUUCUUGAAAUACGUGAUUGGUUGAUUUCAAUUCUUUUGGCACUCCAUUGUAAUUAUUUUGUUUUUGCCGGAUACUAAAAUGCUUACAUUAUGUAGAUUUGUAUGUUCAUAGGUACGAUUUGAGACAGACGUGUCAAUGUCAACAAACAAUAUCAAUGAGCUUUACGAAUGUGGCAAGAACAUUUCUCCUCGAAGAAAUCUGGCAUCCGAAAUGAAAAACCAAACCUGUCGUCAGUACAUACGUAUUGACUGUUGUUGUUUUAUUAUAGACACCGGAUCGCAAGAUGCCUUGACAUUUUGUAACUAGUACCAGCCAGAGUUGUUUUUUUUUAUUUAACGAGCCCAAAAUGGCAGUAAAUCGCCGCUGCCGGACUUUAUGUACCAUGUCUGUGUUUUUCGUGUUAGGAUUUCUCCUAGGUCACGUGAUGUGGAAGCACGCGAGGCCUGUGUUCUUUGUUGCGUCCAUUAGCUGCAACCGGACGUGGAUUACCCCCGACACACAAUUCGGAAACGACGAGCGUUUGCAGUUGCCGGAACUAUUUGAUGCCUCGGAAGACCACCGAUUUCCGAGAUCAGUGGAGGACGCCAAGAACGACUACUCUGAAGAAGAUCUAUCUGAAGAGGAUGGGGAUAACUUUCUUUUUAUCGGCAUCAUGACUGCCAGGAAGUUUUUAAACAGCCGAGCCUUUGCUAGUAGCAGAACAUGGGUACCAAGAGUGCCUGGAAAAGUCGUGUACUUUCUUGGUGAAGGGGAGGAGUACACAGGAGAUUUAAACGUGAUCCAACUGAAAGGAGUCAAAGAAAAUGACUAUCCUCCCCAGAAGAAAUCGUUUGCCAUGGUAGAGUACAUGAGCGAGCAUUUCGCCCCACAUUACAAGUGGUUGAUUCGUGCUGACGAUGAUGUCUACAUGAAGGUCGACGAACUGGUCAGGUUUCUGAAAUCAGUGGACGACAGAAGGCCGCUGUACAUUGGUCAACCAGGAUUCGGAAAAGCUGUCGAGGCAGGUAAGCUUGGCCUCGCAGGCUCCUUCUGCAUGGGCGGGCCUGGCGUCAUCAUGAGCCGGAAAGUUGUGACAGGCGUAGCCCCUGGUCUUCAAGAGUGUCUGAAGGUUACAGUGACCGGUCACGAGGACACAGAGCUGGGUAGGUGUAUCACCAUCAACACAGGGGUACAGUGCACUCUGGCCUUUCAGAUGAAGGAUUUGUUCUAUCAAAACUACCAAGAACUGGAUGAGCCCAACAGUUCAUUCAAAAAGAAACUCGGGAAAGCUGAAAUGAACGCGUUAACUUUACACCCACUCAAAGAAGCUGCCUAUGUAUUUAGGAUGGAUAAUUUCUUUAAUAACAUCACUUUGCAGAAACUGUAUGAGAAAAAAACAACGCUGUUAGCAGAAAUAGAACCAGCAGACAAAUAUAUAUUUGGGGCGAAAGGUCAACCAGAAAAGAAAGAUGCCCUAGUGAGCUCCUCCAGAGGUGCGGUCAAUGAAGUAUCGACCUAUGACAAAUUUUUUACGAAUGCAGUGGAAAGACGAGGAGAGGAAAUUAUAAACUUAGAAAACAUUCGGCUUUUACCUAAGGUCAAGUCCAUCUAUCAAGGUCACGAUAAGUCUUGGGAAUACAUUCGCUACAAGAGAAUGUUUAGCACGACCUUUGAGACGGGAAAGCUGGAAUUCCCGAUUGAGUUUAAACGAAGAACUGAAUUACACCUGGAAAUGACCGGGCAUCUGAAGUCAUAUCCAGAGAAUGCCAAGCUAAAGCUUCAAUUUGUCAAUGAGACCUACCAUAGACUAACUACUGACCGGGGGGUAGAGGUCAUGCUAUUUCUGAAGAAGUGGUACCAGAAGAAGAAAUAUGUCCAGCCAGUUUACCUCAGGAAGCCAUUUCUUCCAGGCUUCGUUGAUUUCCGGGAAGCAGAUCACUUGGAUGAGGAAAAUGAAGGUCAAGGAAGUCAAGGUCAAGGAAAAACGAUACACAUGCUCAUGCCUCUCUACCAAAGAUCCGCCAUCUACAAAAGGUUUUUAGAAAUGCAUGCUCGGGCCAUUGUAGGUUACAGAGGCAAAGUCGAGUUGAGGGUGGUCGUUUUCACAGACGACAGGGGAGAGCAUAAACUGUUGUCUGCUAUGACCUCCACCAUGAUGAGCAAGAUCCCCAGCCUUGACAUUCGCAUGACGUACUUGGACGAGCCAUUUAACAGGGGCAAAGGUUUAAUGACAGCCCUGAGUGAUCUCCCUUACACGUCUCUGUUGCUGUUCAUGGAUGUAGAUAUGGAGUAUUCCUCGUACUUCUUACAUCGGGUGUCAAAGUACACAGUUCAAGGCCGCAGUACAUUCUUCCCAAUCUACUUUGUGCAUUUUAACCCAGACUCAAUUUGCUAUAAACAAAAAGAUUGUGAUUCCCUGCUGAAUAGCAGACGUGAUGAAGUUGGAUUAUGGCGGAGUUUCAGUUACGGCAUUGGCUCUGUGUACAAAUCGGAUCUGGUCCGCGCUGGUGGCUUCAAGACAGACAUCGUGGGCUGGGGACUUGAAGAUGUGGAUUUCUAUGAAAAGUGUAUUUCUUUGGGACUGAAUGUGAUGAGAGGAUCUGAUCCCUCCAUGAUACACAGGUACCACCCACGAGAAUGCAACAUGUCUCUCCCGGAGAACCAGCUCAAGCAGUGCAUUGACAGUGGUAGCGCCAUGUUGGGAUCUGUACAGAAUCUUUACCGGAUGUUGUAUGACGUCUCAAAAGGGAAAGGAGUGUAACUAAACAUGCCUUUUUCCCCACCAGUUGGUGCAGUUAUACAGAGACUGAACCAAAUCUACUGCUUGACAAAUGGGAGUCGGAUUAAAUGACAGAAGCAAAGUCAUGCAAUAAUACAUAAAUUAUACCGACUCUGCGCUGGAUGUUGUUUAACAUGAGGACAUGGAAGAGUUCAUAAUGGAUAUGAAUAUUCCAUGGCUAUUAAACAAAUUAUUUGUAUUACAGCGUGUAAAUGCGUGUGACCAAGUUAAUGACUGUUAAUACUAUGAUACGGUGUUACGGAAAUUUACUUUAAUAAAUGUACAUUGAAGAACAAUUUACACUUGAAAAGGUUUACCUCAAAUGUUUUAUGAAGGCAGUACUAAAUGUUAAAAAAGAAAUCAAGAACUGCUACACUGUAGCAUCUUUGCAGCUUCUCGUGUAACUAAAGAGGCCAUUCUUUGAUACACAUUCACGGUUACAAGUAAAGCGUUUGUAAUCACCAUACGCUGGCCGUUGUCUGCCCUUUUCUUACUUUAUUGUGUUCACCAUCUACAAUCCAGGAACCUUCAAUUAUGAUUUCUCUACAUGUGGUCCAUCCUGUAUGUUUUAUAAUCUGUUGUUGUCACACUUGAAGAGCUUCACGUGACGUAGGAGUGGACCACAUGCAGUGUGUCUCCUGUGGUCUAUUACACCUCCAUACAAUAGACCUUGCAGAGGUCGACCCUGUGACAUGCAGUGUGUCUCCUGUGGUCUAUUACAUCUCCAUACAAUAGACCUUGCAGAGGUCGACCCUGUGACCUUCGGUGUGUCUCCUGUGGUCUAUUACACCUCCAUACAAUAGACCUUGCAGAAGUCGACCCUGUGACAUGCAGUGUGUCUCCUGUGGUCUAUUACAUCUCCAUACAAUAGACCUUGCAGAGGUCGACCCUGUGACCUUCGGUGUGCAUGGUCAAGCCAGCCAAGUUGCCUACUGCUUAUACAUUUCAGAAAAUUACAAAAGAUCUUCCUGCCAAAUUGACUGUAUUUUUGUUACACUUUUAAAACAGAAACUGUCUGUUCGUUAUAAACAUAUCAUUGCCAUG